AUGGAUGCUAAACAACCAGUAAAAUUGGCAAGAGUAACUAAGGUUAUUGGCCGAACAGGAAGUCGUGGAGGUGUGACUCAAGUACGAGUUGAAUUUAUGGAUGAUACAACAAGAAGUAUUAUUCGUAAUGUCAAAGGCCCUGUUAGAGAAGAUGAUAUAUUGUGUUUACUUGAAUCUGAAAGAGAAGCACGUCGAUUAAGAUAA